AUGUUCGACCGUGGCAGACCCAAGGAUUCGGGGCCGUCGUCUCCUGACAAGAAGGCGGCUCCCUCCCAGGGCAGCCACAUGAACAAUGAGCAGUUCGCUGCAUACCUCAGAGAUCUUCGCAACAAUCGUGUCCAGAGGCCUGGUGGUGCGAGACCACAACCCCCAGGCUCGAGCCGGGCCGACUCCUUUCGCCAGUCCAUUGACGGCCGCCCUUCACUGGGUGCAGCUGCUCGUUCAUCCUUUGGCUCGACUGCUCGGUCUUCCACAGGAACUCCACCCCCCUUGUCCGAGCCAUCUCCAGCUCUGUCACAAUCCUACUCGCCUCCCAAGAUUGAUCACAGGGACUUCUCCAGACCCAGCAUUGCACCCAGUGUGUCCUCCAGAUACUCGACCACCAGUGGCCGGGACUACUACCCUGGCAAGUCAGUAGCUCCUCUCAAGCCUGGACAGGUCGUUCCUAGUGCCACAUACAUUGAGAGAGGUCAAAGAUGGAUGGAGAAGGAGGAGGCCGUUUCGCUGAGGCAGGCAAUGGAGGACAAGGAUGUUAGGGACAGUCCCCCACCGACCUCGCCAACCUCAGACGAUGGCCGCCUCUACGAAGCUGCUUUGAAUGAGGCAUCGGAACUCGUAUGGCAACACGAACAUGGUGUCAAACCACCAGAGCCUGGUGCCCCAUACCGAUACAAACCGCACAUGCGUAGGAACAGCUAUGCACAUGCUCGAGCAGCAAGCGCUGGCAUGUACGGCGAUGAGAUCGAACCGAGCGGCCUCGCACGAGACCAUUGCUCACGAUCCAUGUCAGGUAGCUCUAGCUCCAGCGACGGUUUUGGAACGUCACGCAGUCGCCUAUCCUAUGCGUCUAUGAGUGGUCCCCGAAAGAGCCCUAGCCCCCCUGCGCAGUCACGGUCUGCCUCGCCACCCAAGACUUCCAAGCCGUAUACUGGCUUGUCCAGCACUUCACGCGGCUCCCUCGCUCAGCGGAGGCGCAGCAGCACGAGGCGAAGUAACAGUGGCGGCAGGCCCUUCUCAGGUGAUCAGAUCUGGGAAGAACCCGAGAGCGCUUCAAGCAUGAGGACCUCGUCGCCGAACAAGGAUGAGCCAGCCGCUACUGAGGCUCUCCGGACGAAGCCCAAGGGCCCACUCAACAGAGUCUCGUUCGCACCCGAGAGACCAUCGUCUUCUGACUCCCAGCCACAGCCCGCCCCCAAGCUGCACAGGUUCGAGAUCCACCGCAACCCACCAUCACAGUCUCGGGACCCACAGUACACUUCGAACUCGCCCUCCCAGAGUCCUGUUCGUGAGGAUGUGCCGAAGAAGCAUGGUAUUGAGCUCAGGGGUGAUGAUAUUCGCCAGGCAACCUCCAUGAGGUUGAAGGAUCGCAGCCCCAAACUCCCCACCCCUACUGCUGUGAGCGACCGUCUGGGACGACCCAUCGUAAGCUUUGACAAAAACUGGAAGGCUCCGGACGAGGCAACUGAUGAGAAGCCAGACACCACCAAAGGUCGUCCGCUCGGGGCCUUCCAGGCCCGACAAGACCACCGCCGCCUCCCAGAAACCCCGCCGAUCCCUUCUAUCGCUGUUGCGGAGAUUCGCGAGCCGCCGGCGUCCCCGAAGCCACGCGGUCGCCCCUUACCAUCUAUCCAGGUAGAUGGUUCUGGGGCAAAGCCAAGUCCGUCGAUCCCCAGCAUUGCCGUAAACGAUGUCAAGCCGUCAAUCCCGAGCAUCGCCGUCAACGACGGAAGCCCGGCGGUGCCGUCCAUUGUGCUUCCUGGAGAUGACAAUGGUGACGACAACAGCCCCAGCAUUCCUGUCAUUGUGACCCCUGACGACUCCACUAGCAAGCCCACCAGCCGUCCACUUCCGACUCCACAAAAGAAUGCCCCACGAAUCCGCCCUGGUGGAAGGCCGCAAAGCCACUGGUCCCCGUCCCCCACAAGUCAAGCCGGUCAUCGAGCCACGGCCCGUUGUCAUGAGUGCAACUAUCCUAUCGAGGGACGCUUUGUCGCCCUCGCAGGCACAAAUGAGCGGUUCCAUCCACAGUGCUUCACCUGCUAUUCAUGCGGCACCUCACUCGAGGCCUUGGAGAUCAGUCCUGAGCCAGACGCCAACCGUGCCGCCCGGCUGGAUCGUAUCCGCCGGCGUGCUACGGGAGAGGCCCUCGAGGAGAAGCCCGGCGAGACGAUGGCCGAGGACGGUGAUGAGCGUCUGCGGUUCUAUUGUCAUCUUGAUUGGCAUGAGCUGUUCGCCCCUCGCUGCAAGCACUGCAAGACUCCCAUCCUUGGCGAACACAUUGUCGCACUCGGUGAGCAUUGGCACUACGGGCACUUCUUCUGUGCCGAGUGUGGCGACCCCUUUGAACAGGGAAUGACGCAUAUCGAGAAGGACGGCUACGCAUGGUGCGUCAACUGCCAGACAAAACGUACUGAGCGGCGGGCUCCCAAGUGCAGAAAGUGCAGCAAGGCGGUCAUCGGGCAAUACAUUCGUGCGUUGGGCGGGGAGUGGCACGACGAGUGUUUCCGAUGCGCGACAUGCCAGAAUGGUUUCGAUGAUGGGCAGAUCUUCCCCAAGGACAUUGGGAACGACAUGAUGCUGGUGCUCUGCACGAAGUGUCGUCAGAGGGAGCUCAAGGGCUAG